UUUUUCACUUACAGUUUUUGUAUCAAUUUGAUUAUCUAGCUAGGUUAUUAAUUGUCAGCCAAUAAUCUUAAUGGUCUAGUCAUUUCGCAUCUUUUUUUAUCCCUUCAAGUUAUCUUGACAACAUUUAGUGUCUAUGAUUUACUUACAAAUUAAUUUAUACCAUUCAACAGUGUUUUUUUGCUCCAUGUACCAUAAAAUUCGAUGUAUAGUGUUGUUCACCUUCACGCUUUGAACUUAAGAUGGUCAAGAAAAAAGAUGGCAAAUUACGAUUUAAAUCAAGUGAAACCCAAGCCGUUCUGGUCAUAUCCGGAUAUUUCAGUGAUGCCCGAGAGCUGAUUGAAAAUGAAAGGAAUGACGAACUCAUCAGUUUACUUGACGAAGGUAGACUCGGUGUCAAUGAUGUUGGCGAGGCUGGUGGCUCUAAUCUCCUUAUGGUCGCUGCAGAAUGUGGUAAUUUAAGGAUUGUCCAGGAACUUAUUAGGAGAGGAGCAGAUCUCAACUAUCAAGAUUCGGAUGACUGGAAUGCACUCAUAACUGCAACGAGGGAAGGCAAUGUCGACAUUGUUAGUGAAUUAUUGGAAGCUGGAUCUGCUAUAGACGCAACCGAUAUGGGUGGCUGGACACCUCUGUUGUGGGCAUCUUACAAAGGUUUUCUCGACAUAGCCAAAUUAUUACUUAAGAAAGGAGCUUCUGCUAAUGUUUUUGAUAAUAAUAAUAUAACACCACUAAUUUAUGCUAGUGGAAGAGGUUUUCUUGAGAUAACCAUUAUGCUACUUGCUCAUGCAGCUAAACCUGAUACUCCUGAUAAGUAUGGGACUACUCCUUUGAUUUGGGCAUGUAGAAAAGGUCAUUUCGAUAUCGCUCAAAAACUUUUAAAGGCAGGGGCAACUGUUGAUGCAACAGGAAUGUAUGGCUGGACUCCUUUGCUAGUCGCUGUCAGAGGCAAUUAUGAAAGUCUUGUAGAUUUGUUGAUAACUUACAAACCUAAUGCAAACGCGUGUGAUUCAGAUGGUUUAUCAGCUUUGAUGAUCGCUAGUAAAGGCGGUAAUAUCAAUAUUGUCAAUGCACUUCUACGAAUUAAUUCUUACGUCAAUCUUAGUGAUCGUAACAAUGAUACUAGCCUAAUCCAUGCUUCUAAAUCUGGAUAUGUUUUAAUCGUUGAAGCUCUAAUUAAAGCACACGCUGAUGUUGAUCACCAUGGGGCUGAUAAAAAGACUGCUUUAUAUUGGUCCGUCGAAAAAGGACACGUUGAAGUUGUUCGUGCACUUCUCAAAGCAAACGCAAAUUUGGAGCUUGCAAAUGAGGACGGUGAUACUCCAUUAUUAAAAGCAGUCCGUAGUCGUCGUUUACCGAUUGUCAAAAUGUUGAUUGACAAGAAAGCAAAAGUCACAGCUUGUGACAAACACGGAGAUACGGCGUUACACAUUGCAAUUAGAGCCCAGUCAAAGACAAUUGUUGAGUUUUUGCUUCGAAAUCCUCGUAAUUCCCAAUUACUUUAUAAACCUAACAAACGAGGAGAAACUCCGUUCAUGUUGGAUAAUACCCACCAAAAGCCAAUUUUACCCACAUUGUUUGGAGCAACUCCUUCUAGUCGUCGUGUUUUGGAAAAAGAAACACAGCUUGGAUACGACCUUUAUUCAUCAGCGAUAGCUAACUUACUUUCGGAGCCUACCCUUAAAUUACCUGUAUGUGUUGGUCUUUUCGCUAAAUGGGGAAGUGGGAAAUCAUUUCUUAUUGGCAAAUUAAAAGAUGAUCUCAUAACUUUUACACAAGAUUGGAAUAUCAGUCCUACCUUUCGAUUUUCUUGGCCUUUGUUUUGGGCUAUCAGUAUGCUUUCUGUCAUUACCGGUGUAGGAACUCUUGUGGGAACUAAUGGAAAACAGUAUUUUUUCGGAAUAAUAACUGCAAUUGGCAUUUUCUUCCUGUGUUAUUGUAUAUUUGGAAUUGUUUAUUGUGGGCAUUUACGCUAUGACUGGUCAAUAAGCUCAAACUUGAGAAGCCGUUUUGAUAGAAUUAAACUUAUUAUUCAAGUUUGCUUUGGUAAUCCUCCAAUAAUCGAUGCUGAUCAAGUUUCGACUUUACCCGUCCACUUUCUUUUCACUGAGACUCCAAUUAAAAUAUCUUCAGAUUACAAUGUUUCUCAAUUAAUUGGAGCUAUUCUCAACUCUUUGUGGCAAUCAAUGGAAAAUGAGCUUGGUCUAUUACCUGUCCGUUUAUUCAAAGUCUUUCAUCCUAAACACGUAUCUGGAUUAACUUGGAGGUGGAGACGGAUUUGUUUGGUGCCUACAAUAUUUUUGAUUACCUUAUCAUUCUUUACUAUAGCUGUUCUUUUAAUUCUGUAUUAUGUAGAUAAAACAGAGCCUUUCAAGUUACAUCCCGUUCUCAGCUAUAUUCUGGUAGCUAUUGCUAGUAUCACUGGAGCUUGGAUUGUAACAAAUUUUAUUGUGCCGUUUAAAAUUGUUAAAGAACUUGUUUUCCAUUCAAAAAAGAAAACUCGUGAAGAGCUUAAAAAAGAUGUCCAACUAAUGCAAUCUUGUAUAAUGUGUUUGGAUGCAUUUAUCGGAAAACGCCAAAGUCGCCUGGUCAUAAUUUUGGAUGCAUUGGAAUCUAUUUACGAAUCAGAAAGAUUAAUAUCAUUUUUAGAAGGAAUUAAUGAUUAUUUCAUCAACUUUCAAGUCAUAAGUGCUAAUCGUUCUGUGUCUCCUCCUUUUGUUGGUAUCAUGACGCUAGAUCCACAUCAUCAUGUUACAGCCAAAUCGAAAGAAUACUUAAAAACACUUGUCCAUCUGCCAUUUUAUUUACAAAAUUCUCAGCUUCGUAAAGUUAAAAUUGCUCAACAAACUGUGCUCAGUAAACCUGAUUACAGAUCUUCUACGACAUCUUUGGUUGAAGCAAUUGCUGCAGCACCCAUUCCUGCUCCAACCAAGGGAUCUGGAUCUGGUAUCAUUCGUUCCAAAUCAAAAAAAUUAUCCAAUUUAAAAGCAGCCGAUUCCGUAAUCAGCUUAAGUGGACAUGGAGGAGAAUCUCUAACGAAAGUCUUGCUUACAGAUGAUUACUUUAGCGAUGUAAAUCCUAAAUCAAUGAGACGAAUAAUGAACAUUGUUUAUAUUCAAGGACGCCUCCUAAAGGCUUUCAAUUUGGAUUUUGACUGGCAUAGACUUACUAUUUGGGUCAACAUAACUGAACAAUGGCCUUUACGAGCAUCAGCAUUGAUUGCUUACUGGGAUAUUACUGAAAAUAAAUACAAUGAUGAUUCAAUACCAUUGAAAUCUUUAUAUGAUAAAGUUUCACCAAUUUUACCCCAAGAUCCAGCUCUUUUAUCACGUGAUAAUGAUGAGAAAAAGUUGAAUAUUUUUCUUUCUUAUCGCCACAAUUCUUUAACCCUUGGCGAUCUCAAAACUUUUGCGCCUUUCACUAUUAACUUGGAUCCUUAUCUCAGGAAAAAUUUGACUGAAGCUUGGACUGACACAAAUGCAAUCCCCAAUGAAGGACCUCGUAUUGUAAGUACAUCAAAUGGUGAACGUAAAAUAUCAACUAGUACAUUGAUCCAACUAAGCUCGUCUGGAAAUAUAUCUCCCCAUAAACUUCAACUAAUGUAUCUUGGUGUUGAUGGAGUGAUUGCCAUGUUGAAACAAAUCGAAUCCUUCGAUCACUCACAAAUUGAAAAGUAUGGUAAAGCUAUUCGCGACAAUAAUAUAAAUGGACGAGUGUUAUCGAGUUGCUCUCCAGAAGAUUUGAAUGACCUUAAAUUAAUUUUAGGUUUUUCUUUUGGAGAUUGGCUUUUAUUUAAAAGUGUUCUUAUCGAUGGUCGUUUACCUGCACUGCCACCAUCAGUUCAAGUAUCUAGUGCCACUCCAACCUCUAAUUUACCACAAAAUUGUGACCAUCAACUUCUUGAGGCACGUCAUAAGACUAAUUUAGAGAAACAGGUUACAAUGGAAGAAGCAGCUCUUGCUAGUGCCGUUGUUAUGGACUCGCCGAUUGAAGAGGACAAUGAAGAUAAUGAUGAAGCAUUGGCACAACAAGAAGUUGGCGUUCUUUACAUUGGCAACGCCGGAAUGAAUAAUCGAAUCAGUCCUUCCAUAUCAUUUGGCGAUUCUGAUUUAUUAGGGAACAGCAGUAGAACAAAUCAUACCAUAGAAAUCGAACCGGAACCUAAUGAUACUACUCCAUUAGUAUCACCAUCGAAACACAGUAUUUACUCAUCCAGCUCAUCAUCUUCUUCAUCAAAACGACAUCCUCUCGAACGUCAAGGUAAACCAGAAUUGUCUGUCAAGUUUUACACCUCGGAAUUGUAAACAAACAAACACUGAUACCAACAAUCAACUAAAUAACGAAUAAGAGAAAGACUAAAAUCAAUAAGAUUUGAAAGGGUUGACAACAGCACAACAACAAAAUUAAAGAUACCUCAAUGUUGGGGAAAAGGCACUCAUGAUUGUCAGUGUAACUUAUUAAUUUGGCAAUAAAGAUAAAUAAAAUGAA